AUGUCUCGCCAGAUUACCUACGCCGAGCUGUGCCAGCACAACACUGAGGAAAACCUUUGGCUCCUCAUCGACAACAAGGUGUACGAUGUGACCAAGUUCAUCCCGGAGCACCCGGGUGGUGAUGAGGUUCUGGUCAGCGAGGCCUCGAAGGACGCUACCGAGUCGUUCGAGGAUGUCGGUCACUCGGACGAUGCCCGUGAGACUCUCAAGUCACUCCAGAUUGGUGUGAUUGCCGACCCCGAGAACGUGCCGCGCCGUGGCCGCAAGGCUUCGGACACCAUGUCGGCUACCCCUGGUGGCUCUCCGCCUCUGGUCAUGAUCAUUGGCUUUGCUGCCAUUAUCGGUUACUUUGUCUACAACCACUACACCAAGUAA